AUGAUUGCAUGCGUGUCAGAUAUGCAACAAGUGGGAAAUGUGGAUCCUGGACCGACGGUAGUGCCAGGCGUGCUAAACUGCAGACGCCGAAGUUGCAAGUUACCCGAGCAUGGGCUUGACCCACGGAUUGCUCGGUACAUAACUGAGGCGGGUUUUGAAGGGUUAUUCAAGGUCCCAAACUUGGAAGUGGAUCAUGCGUUGAUCACAGCACUAGUUGAGCGUUGGCGUCCGGAGACGCACACAUUCCACCUACCGCAUGGAGAGAUGAGCAUCACCUUACAAGAUAUUGAGGUGAUGCUAGGGGUUCCUGUUGAUGGGUUGCCAAUUACUGGGGCUGUGAAGAUGGAUUGGCCUACGUUGUGUCUUGAGUUAUUGGGUCAUCGUCCACCAGACCCGAUACCGCAUCCCCAUGAGAACACCUCUAUCCUUGCUGGGGCGAGGCUCAGAUUCACGUGGCUGGAUGCACUAUUUAGUGGGCCCCUAGCUGCGGAUGCUACUGAUGAGGUGGUGCAGCAACAUGCGCGCUAUCACAUACUCGAUCGGUUGGGGACGAUUUUGUUUAUGGAUAAGUCAGCAGACCGGGUGUCGGUGCUGCCUCUACAGUUCCUAAACCCAAUUAGCAACGCGAAGAGGUACAGUUGGGGUAGUGGAGCAUUAGCCUGGUUGUACAGGCACUUAUGCAAGGCAUCGGAGUCGAAGGCGAAGCAGAUUGGUGGAGCAGUGAUGUUGGUGCAGCUGUGGGCGUAUUCGAGGUUCCCAUUGAUAUGCCCUGUUAUGAGGUUGCCACUACCGCCAGUGGAGGCAGGUCCCCUUGCCAAUCGAUGGAAGGGGCCGAAGAGCACGACAGAGCAUGCGACACAUGUGCUAGUUGCGUAUCGUGCGUCACUGUCGAGUAUACGGGCACACCAGGUUGUCUGGGAGCCCUACAGCGAUGUCCUAGAGUUGUUGCCCCCAUAUUGCACUGCCGGCCGACAAAUAUGGAGGGCCGAUGUGCCAUUGAUCUAUUUUUGGAUAGUAGAGGAUCAUCAUCCGGAACGUGUCUUUCGUCAGUUCGGGAUGAAGCAAGUGCCACCGGAUAUUGUUGAUACGUCCGUUCAUCUCCACAAAAUCUCCCUCCAAGGUAAACUAGAUAAGGAUUGGGUGCAAGAGCAUGCUGUCUACAUUGACCGAUGGGCCCAUAGAGAGGAACAUAUUGUUGAUGCACCGGCAUUGGAUGGGGACACGACAUACCUUGCUGCUUACAUGGAGUCGUACCGAAAGACGACGAGACGGUACAUUACACGCGACUCGGCGUAUUGGGAAAUAAUGGUUGAGUCCACUGUGGAAUUACUAUUGCAAUGCGAACCAAACUCCGCAGUGUACAACCACCUGAAGAGGACGCUGGAUCUUGUCGGAGAGAUGAGCCGAGCGGCAUUGGAGAAUGCGCGUGCCACGGUGACUGAGGCGAGCACACAGGCCACAGGCCGUGGUGGGGGAGGUCGUGGGUCUAGAGGGCGUGGACACAGUGGAGGUCGUGCAUACAGUGGAGGUCAUGGACGUGGUCACGAGGAUGACGAUGUCUUGGAUGAUGAGGCGUUGGAGGGCGACUGGGGCAUGUACAUGGAUGGUGUCGGGUCAUCGCGAUGCACGUCUGACGCUGCUGCCCAGCCAUCCCACCCCCCUGGCCAUGAGAAUAGUGCAGAACACACAUCCUGUGCCCAAGCUGGCCCUCGGUCCCCACCACCCACUCGGCUGUCUCCCCCAUUGUUUGCCGACUCUGCCCACGACGGUGGCUGUAUAUUUGUACCCACCCCUGGCCGACCGACACCACCUGUAGUUCAAGCUGAGCCCACCCAGGACCCUUCACUUCCUAACCCUGACGAACCGGCUGCACAAAUCGAACAGAUACAGGGUGAGAAUAUAGUGCCGGUACAUGGGUUGCGAAGAUCACUUCGCACUGACAUACAUCCCCCUGGUUGUGGGACCGGCGACGGUAAGACGAGACCGGCGAAGGCAAUUGUGAGGAAACGAAAAGAUCGUUGAGCCGUUGAUGAUGUGGAGC